AUCAGCGCUCAUACAUUUCAUCUGAUCCCAGAUCUGCGUUACACAUAACCCACAAAGACACCAACACAUCGCCAUUUGUUUCGGACGCACGUGUGUUGUUCGUGUCAUGAGUUCGGGUCGCUGUUAUUUGUAAUCAAACUCAUCAUCAUGCCGAAGGUGAAGAAGAGUAAAGGCGCACCGGAGCGCAGCGGUGCCGGUGUGGCUCUGGCGGAUCAGAUCCUGCAGGGAGACUCGGUUCGGAUGAGCGGCCGCGUGAAGAACCGGAGCAGAACCCACGAUGAGGAACAAGAGUAUGUGGACGAGAAACUGUCCAGGAAAAUCCUUCAACAGGCACGAAUACAACAAGAAGAACUGCAGACUGAGUUAGGAAUCACACCCGAGACCAAAAAACAACCAGCUACUCAACUAGGUGUCAGUACAGAGGAUGGAGACUCUGAUGAGGAGUGGCCUGCACUGGGUGCAUCUGCAGAGGACACAGGAACAGAGGUACAGGUGGAUCCAGAAGAUGAGAAAGCCAUUCAGAUGUUCAUGAGCAAGAAUCCACCUGUCAGACGGACGUUAGCUGACAUCAUCAUGGAGAAGAUCACAGAGAAACAGACUGAAGUGGGCACUGUGAUGUCUGAGGUGUCGGGUCGACCCGUUCCUCAGCUUGAUCCCAGAGUAACAGAGGUGUAUAGAGGUGUUAACAAGGUUCUGUCAAAAUAUCGCAGCGGGAAACUUCCCAAAGCGUUUAAGAUCAUACCAGCGCUUUCAAACUGGGAGCAGAUCCUGUAUCUGACGGAGCCGGAGACGUGGACCGCCGCCGCCAUGUAUCAAGCCACCAGGAUUUUCUCGUCUAAUCUGAAGGAGCGCAUGGCCCAGCGCUUCUACAAUCUCGUGCUGUUACCCAGAAUUCGAGACGACAUCGCUGAGUACAAGCGGCUGAAUUUUCACCUGUACGGCGCACUGAAGAAAGCUCUCUUCAAACCUGGAGCCUGGUUUAAAGGAAUUUUGCUCCCACUGUGUGAAUCAGGCACCUGCACGUUGAGAGAAGCCAUCAUCAUCGGCAGCAUCCUUACCAAAUGCUCAAUACCUGUGCUGUACUCCAGCGCUGCGAUGCUAAAACUGGCCGAGAUGGAAUACAACGGAGCAAACAGCAUUUUCCUGCGUCUGUUACUGGAUAAGAAAUACGCCCUUCCCUUCCGUGUCCUCGACGCACUGGUCGCCCACUUCCUGGCGUUCCGAACAGAGAAACGGACUCUGCCGGUGCUUUGGCACCAGAGCCUGCUGACGUUGGUACAGCGUUAUAAAGCAGAUCUGUCGUCCGAACAGAAAGACGCUUUACUGGAACUGCUGAAGAUCCAAACACACCCGCAGAUAUCUGUCGAGAUCAGACGAGAACUUCAAAGUGCCGAGGCCAGAGACGUGGAGGACGCCACACCGGCCAUGACCUUAGACUGAGAAACUUAUAAACUAUUAGAGAUAUAAUCGGCGUGUGAAUCACAGCUGCUUUAUCUCAUCACUGAUAACAUCAAUUUGUGAUAUUUUCUGUUUGCAUAUCUGAAGUUAUGCAGUAAUCUUAUUUUGAAUGACACAGAGUUUGAAGUUGCUGUAUUGCUGGUUAUUAAAUCAUAUUCUGUAAACAUA